GACAGCCUGAUGCGUAUCUGUGCUGUCAGCUGGAGGAAAGGUGGAUCCUGCUCGACAAGCCCACUCCUCUUCUUCUCUUCAUCGUUUCAUGCGCAGGGCAGAUCAGCUCCAUCCUGCUCAAUCUCCAGGACAACAUAACUCCCGCCUUGCCUCGCGACCCUGCAGAUGCUCUCGUGCGCUUAGGAAAACACCACGAGUCUGACCCAAAUGAACGGCUACGGGUCGCCCUACCUGUACAUGGGGGCUCCGGUGUCCCAGCCCCGGGCCCCGCUGCAGAGGACCCCCAAGUGCGCGCGGUGCCGGAACCACGGCGUGCUCUCGUGGCUCAAAGGUCACAAACGCUACUGCCGCUUCAAGGACUGCACGUGCGAGAAGUGCAUCCUCAUCAUCGAGCGGCAGCGCGUGAUGGCGGCGCAGGUGGCGCUACGCAGGCAGCAAGCCAACGAGAGCCUGGAGAGCCUCAUCCCGGAAUCUCUCAGAGUGCUGCCCGGCAUCGGUAUGUCUGGAACCGGGGAGGGGAACCAGGGAGCACCGUCAAGGACGGAGGAGCUGGAGCUGAGGUGGAGCAGCACGGAGCCGGUUCAGGCCGGAGCACAAACAUGCACAGAUCCUGCAGAGGACGCUCCUGAUGAGGCGUCAGGAGGUGAAAACGGAGGCAGCAGCUCCAGUGAGAAGGAGCAGGACCCGGUGAGUUCCCCUGAAGGCUCCAAACCAAACUCCUGUUACACCCCUGAGCCCCCAGAGCCUCCCCCCCACCCCGAGGAGAGCCGCUACAGCGUCCCCAAACCCGGCAGCACCGAGAAAGAAGCGAAAACCGUGAGUCCUCAGAAGUUUCCCGUCAGCCCCUCGGAGCAGAGCGUUCUCAUCGAGGGCCUCGCGGGGUCCAUCAACCUUCCCUUCAGCCUCCGAGCUAACAGGCCCCCUCUGGAGGUCCUCAAGAAGAUCUUCCCCGCGCACAAGCCUCCCGUGCUGGAGCUCAUCCUCAGGGGCUGCGGGGGGGACCUGGUGGGGGCCAUCGAGGUGCUUCUGUCCAGCCGGAGUCCUGACGGGAGCGUGCACUCGCACACAGACCCGCACGCGGAUGCAGUCGUUCUGCCUUCAAACGGACACCUGUUCGAGCACGCGCUGGGCUCCUACCACCCGGUGUCCUCUUCCGCUAAGUGGUCCGUGGGCUCUGCUUUUCGGGUCCCCGACUCCCUCCGAUUCACAUCCGACUCCGCGUCGGGCCCGCUCGGUGUCCCGCUGCAGCACGCAUCCUUCCCGCAGACCACGCGCUAUCCGCUCAUGCUGCGCAACUCUCUCACGCGCAGCCAGGCCAGCCCGUUCGUGCACAACGACGUGACCCUGUGGAACACCAUGGCGCUGCAACAGCAGUACCAGCUUCGCUCUGCCGCUCAGUACGUGUCUCCCUUCUCCCCCGCAGGGCCCGUAUCAGGCCCUGCGGGGUCCGUGUUUCGCGGCUCCCCCUUGCUCUCCUCCAGAGCUUCAGAUGAGCCGCGGAUCAGCAUCCAGGAAGAGAACUGCACGCUGGGACCCAAACCUGGUCUCUACUCCCCUGAGGAGGAGUACGAAGAGCGCUCUGACUCCGCAGACUCACGCAUCCUUAACUCCUCGACCUAGAGCCUAACGGACUAAGGGGACACCAAAAAAUGUGUUAUUGUGAAAGGACCUCCGGUGUGUAUGUUUUUGUCGGUGUCUUGUUUUGAAUUAUGUCAAUCAAUCACCCUCUGAUCCGCUGAUGUUAAUCCUCCUAACAUCAAGCUGUCAAGAUGUCACCUGACUCCAAAUCAAAACUGAUGAAUGUAGAGGACUCGCCUUGUUUUGAAAAUCUGUCAUCUUUUUGCAUGUUAACUGUGAAUACUGUGAUCAUAAAUGCAUGAAGAGUAUGCCAAAUAAAUCCCAAAGUUUCCAAAAACA